UAAAUACAAAUAAUGGCAUCGCUGCCGAUCUUCAACUUGUUUCCUUAAAAAACUGCCAAAAAAACAAACAAAAAACAAGACUGUACCAUGUCAACUUAUAGUUCUCUUCGACAGACGAACAUGAACAAAUCUCAAGAUGGAGAGUUACAAGGAUCAACAAAUAGUGGCAAUUUGAUGGGAAAACUAAGAAGGCUACAAAAAGGUAACAGAGCUUUGGAAGGGGAAAUCAAAGAGCUCAAGCUAACCAGUGAAGCGCUGCAAAAGGACCUUGAUGCUUUACAAGCUCGGACCAACCAAUUAGAGAAGGAUUAUAAGGAAAAAGAAGAACUGUGCAGGAAAUUACAGUUCCAGUACGACAAAUCAGAGCAAGACUUUGAGAGAGAGAUGAAGGAUCACAAAAUGAGAAAAGACCUGCUGGAGCAAUACAGAUGUGAAAUACAAGAAUUCAAGCUUAGGCACAGGAAGCUGAGGAUGAGAUUUGAAAAUCAGCUUCAGCAUCUCAUGGAGAAGCACAAGAAACUUCACUGUGUCUUUGCCCCAGAAAGGCUUCCAGGAGAAUUGGAGAGAGCUGAAAAUAAAAAAACUCAGCUGUUGUCUGUUGAAAAACUGAAGUUGACUCAGCUGCAGAAGCUCGAAGAGGAAACUGAAGCGGCGAAGACAAAGAAGCAGCUGGAGAUGGAGGUUGCUCAGUUUUAGGACAAGUAAACAGUUUACUUACAGAGUUCAAGGUAUUAUAAUUUAGUUUGAAAAAGGAAAGGUUCAUUGUAGUUUGUAGACAAAUUCCAUAUGCCUCUAAUGGUGACUUAAAAAAUGUCUAUUCAGUACGUUUUCUAGUCAUUGAUAGCCUCUUGUUACUGGUUCUGUGAGGAUAUGACUCAUUUGUCAGUAUGUUUUUCUAGCUAAUGCAUUUGAUUUAUCCAAUAAACCAAAAUAACUUGCA